UCGGUAAAUCUUUGUUCCGCAUGACCAAAUCUCUCUUCUUUUCUUCAUUGUGGCCCCAGUCAAUCAAGUAAAGAAUCCAAUACCUCAUUCACCACCGUUUAUUAAUAUGUCUCAACUUUCUGUUCACUAUGAUAACACAUCAAGAACCAUCUCCUUCCCAUUUCCACCUCUUUCCACACUCAACAGUUUCCACUUUUUGGCUCAAAUCCAUCAUCAAGAUUAAAUGGGAAAUGUGGUGGAAUUGAAGGUGGGCUUGCACUGCGAGGAAUGCAUCAAGAAAAUCUUGAAGGCCAUCAAGAAGAUUGAAGAUAUUGAAACAUACAACGUGGACCCACAACUCAACAAGGUCACGGUGACCGGAAACGUUACGGAGGAAGAAGUCGUUAGGGUUCUUCAAAAGAUUGGAAAGAUGGCAAGCACUUGGGAAGGAAAGGAAGCAACCUCCUGAAUCAGAAUUCAAUCACAGAGUCUUCAGUCGCUAGCAAAACAGAAAAUAAUCAAAUAUUUCGAUCCGACGGUUAGGAGAGACUCGAUCUUCAAUGCAGAAAUGAAUACUCUUAACCGCUCGAGCCACACUGCGGCCUAUGUAAUCAGGCUUCUCAAAGCCUUCAAUUUUGUAAUUUAAUUUCUGUUUAAAUAAUAAUUUUCCUUCUCCCACAUA